UUAUUGUUGGUCUUCUCCUACAAUCAUCAUCACCAACAACUACUUAGAAGAAGAAGAAGAGAAAGAAAGACGACGACUUUGAACAACUCUCUGCUCUCUCUCUAAAUCUCAAAAAAUGGGUUGCGGUGGAACAACUCUGUUCUACCCACUCCUCAUUACCCUCUCCGUCGCUCUCAUCACAUACAACAUCAUCAUCUCCUCCAACACUCCUCUCAAGCAAGGCUUCCCCUCCUCCUCCUCUUCCUCCUCAUCCAUCAUUGACCCAGUCAUCGAGCUGCCACGUGGCGGAUCCAGGAUCCGAGGAAACAACGAGAGAAAGCGAAGGCUCUUCCACACGGCCGUCACAGCCUCCGACUCAGUCUACAACACGUGGCAAUGCAGAGUCAUGUACUACUGGUUCAAAAAGAUCCGAGCUUCCGCCGGACCCGGAUCCGAAAUGGGCGGGUUCACCCGGAUCUUGCAUAACGGUAAACCGGAUCAGUACAUGGAUGAGAUUCCCACUUUCGUCGCUCAGCCUUUACCACCUGGAACGGAUCAGGGUUAUGUUGUGUUGAACAGACCAUGGGCGUUUGUGCAGUGGCUUCAACAAGCUGACAUUAAAGAAGAUUAUAUACUUAUGUCGGAGCCUGAUCACCUCAUUGUGAAACCUAUACCGAACCUAGCUAAAGAUGGGUAUGGAGCUGCGUUUCCUUUUUUUUAUAUCGAACCGAAGAAGUAUGAGAAGGUGUUGAGGAAGUAUUAUCCGGAAGAGAGAGGGCCUGUGACUGAUAUUGAUCCUAUUGGGAACUCUCCUGUCAUUGUCGGAAAGGAAGCUUUGAAGAAGAUUGCUCCAACUUGGAUGAAUGUUUCUUUGGCUAUGAAGAAGGAUCCUGAAGCUGACAAGGCUUUUGGUUGGGUUCUUGAAAUGUAUGCUUAUGCUGUAUCAUCUGCAUUGCAUGGUGUUAGCAAUAUUUUACACAAAGACUUCAUGAUUCAGCCUCCAUGGGACACAGAGGUUGGUGACAAGUACAUCAUACACUACACUUAUGGAUGUGACUAUGAUAUGAAGGGUAAGUUAACCUACGGGAAGGUUGGGGAAUGGAGAUUUGACAAAAGAUCGUAUGAUAGCACACCGCCACCAAGGAACCUCACAAUGCCUCCACCUGGUGUUUCACAGAGUGUGGUAACAUUGGUGAAGAUGGUGAAUGAAGCCACUGCAAAUAUUCCAAACUGGGGAGAAUAGAGACUAGAGAGAACUGUUUAUUAUUGAAUAGAUAUCUCAUCUAUAUGUUGAUCAUUUCUCUUGUGAUUACGUUUGUAAGAUAUAUAGCUUCUCAAACAAAGCCUUUUCUGGCGUUUUACAUUUCUCAUUACUGGUCUUUACUAGGUUUUGCUGUAUU